CUAAAAUAGCGCUUUCAAGAAAUUUCAGUUGCAGCCUGCAAGCUCGGUCUUUCUCCUCCUCCUUGUUCCCGACUCCCACCGCCGACCUCCGUCCAUUUCGGCUGUCUUGUCAUCGUGCCCUCCUCUCUGCUUCGGCCUCUGUCUCCAUCUCCGCAUCCGACUACAUUGAGCACGGUCGUUGCUCCGUCCGCCUCUGCCGACCUGCUCGCUCGCUGGUCUGCCUCCUCCAAUCCAAUACUAGUCCCGAAGCUUGGCACUGAUUGAAGAGCCAGUGAUGUCCACAUUAAUCCGAUCUCGACCGCAUCUGUUCUCAAUCCUGACGAGGAAUAACCGCCGACUUUCCUCAAAUUUGGCCACUGAACCACCGAAGGAAUCUAUCAUUUCUGACUCAAUCCUCCGUGAUCAGCCUCCACCAAGCGCCCCCCCGCCACCGGUUGCAGAGAAGAAUUCAUGGGGUUUUCUCAAGUAUGGCCUCAUUGCAACAUUGACUGGUGGCGUUGCAACUGCAGGUUAUGCUACCUAUGCAUAUUCAUCGGAUGAGAUUGAUCAGAAGACUAAAGCACUUCGUGCAUCUGCUAGUUACUCUGUUGGGGAAGAUGCAUCUUCUUUUGAUAAAUUUAAAGCCUAUCUUCAAGCUACUGCAAUGACAGUCCCUGCCAAAUUAGUUGAUGCGUAUCUUGAUUUGAGGACAUGGACUGAAGAACAAGUUCGGGGUUUUACUGAACCAACAUCAGAUAAGCUCCUGCCAGAUUUGCAUCCUUUGGAGCAGCAUGCGUUUACCCUUGUUCUUGAUUUGAAUGAGACAUUGAUAUAUUCUGACUGGAAGCGUGAUAGAGGAUGGAGGACAUUCAAGAGACCUGGUGUGGAUGCUUUUCUAGAGCACUUAGCUCAAUUUUAUGAAAUCGUAGUAUAUUCUGAUCAGCUAAGUAUGUAUGUUGAUCCUGUUGUUGAGAGAUUGGACCCGAAGCACUGUAUCCGAUAUCGGCUUUCAAGGGGGGCAACUAGAUAUAUAGAUGGAAAACACUAUAGGGACCUUUCAAAACUGAACAGAGAUCCAGCAAAGGUUUUAUAUAUUAGUGGUCAUGCACUAGAAAGUAGCCUUCAGCCUGAAAAUAGCGUCCCAUUAAAACCAUGGCAGGGGGAAGGAGAUGACACUGCACUUUUAGAUCUUAUUCCAUUCCUAGAAUAUGUUGCCAAACACCGACCUGCUGAUAUUCGAAGUGUUCUAGCUUCAUAUCAAGGCCAUGAUAUUGCAAAAGAGUUCAUUGAGCGAUCCAAAGAACAUCAAAGGAGGAUGCAAGAGCAAAAACAGCAGGGACGUAGCCUUUGGAGACGCUAGACAAGUAUCAAAGAAAUCCAGUUGAGAGAAAAUACGGGCAUAUGUUUCAGUCGCAAGUAUUCUCCUAGGCUUCCCAUAUUGAUGAACAAAAAGUCUUUUAUACGCCACAUAUUCUAUCCAUUUAUAGCGUGUUAUCGAUCGAUGGAUCACUGUCUUGUUACUCAGUUAGCAAUAAUUCUCGGAUCCAGCCAGCAUUUUCCCAAUAGGCCGGAAAGUGGUGGAUAAAUUUUGCAAAGCAUGUCCUGUCCCGGUCGUAAAGUUUUUCCAAGAAAUAUAUGAUUGUCCCUUUACACUGCUACACCAUUGUAUUCAUUAUUUUAGAGGUUCUCUGUGAUGAGGUUUUUAGUUUGGGAACCCUUUUUUAUGUGAGAACAUAUUAUAUACUAUUUUAAGUACAAGUAAUGUCUGGUAGGUAAGACCGAGUCUACUCAUCGCAUCAACUCGGCCACAGGCCUGGUCGUUUAACAACGGGAACAACCAGCAAAGGAUCCUGCCGUCUAGCCGUGACGCUCGGCUUCUUGCCGGGUCUCUGCUGGUCGCCAAUGACUUCUCAUUUACGAGUCCAUUCUCAAACAACAAUCAGACAAUGCUUAUGGGACGAAAACUUUUUUGAGUGCAUGUAAGAUGAUCUCUUUUGUAUUCACACAAAGCUUUUCUUAUUUAAUCCGUCA